CUCACUGAACGCCUACCAUGACUGUCCGCUCCGUUGUCUGGAUUCACACAGAAUGUAUUUUCCCGGAGUCGUUUCUCACUUUGCAUUCGCGGUAGCCAGCCCGUCGUUAGUCGUCCAGCUGGCGACCUAAAUAACAACAACAACAACAACAACAAAAAACAUUUCUUUUGCACUUUAAAACAAGUUGGCCGGCGAUUUUUGACGAAAACUGCCUGAUUUCUCCGGUUUGCUAAACCUCGCAACGGUCGACGACUUACAGCGUCAACCAGCUCAACAUUAGCUAACACAAUUUAGCUGCUUUUUACAAGUCGUUUUUUAUUCCUAUUCGUGUUUUGUUUUUGUUGUUAGCUGUGCUUCAUCCCCCAUCCCCGCCCCUCGCUAUAUCGUGACGUUUUAACAGACUAUUUUUUUGGCAAGUGUAAUUCCACGGCAUCUCUCUUUUUUCUUUUUAAAAAAAAAAAAAAAAAAUGUUUUUGCUCAAAGCAUACAUUACCGUACUUGCUGUGUGUUUAUCUGGCUGAGUAGCCGUUGUUUACCUCGGUAUCUUGUCACCAAACUGCUUCAGCAGCAGUCGGCUUAUCUGCCAAGUUUCACUUUAAUUGCGACUGAAUCUCUGCUCCAUCUCUUAACGGGUAACUUCAGAAAAGACAUCGGAGAAUGAUUUUGUUUUUCUACCAUGCACCGACUCUUCACUGAAAGCUGCCAAAGCUGUGGUUAACGCAAGCUGAGAGAAGCUAGCAACAGAAGAAAGAGAACCAUUUGAUGGAAGAAAAGAAAAAGAAAAAACAAGACGAAAAGACCAAGAAGGACGUCGCUCAGAAAAAGGCUGCUGAUCAGAAACCAAAAGUGCCAGAGCCUGCUCCCACUAAGCCCAGUCCCGGCCCACCCUACCACCUCCACCCUGCCAGCCCCACGCUGCCCCUCUCCUCCUCCUCUUCUUCUGGCAAUGGCAAGCGUGCCUCCUCCAGUAGCCAGCUCCCGACUCAGACUCCCCCUCAGCAGCAGUGCCAGUCGUCCUCUGCCAGUGCUCGCUACCCGCCCAGAGAGGUGCCCCCACGCUUCCGCCAGCAGGAGCACAAGCAGCUACUGAAGAGAGGCCAGCCACUGCCUGCAGGAGCCCUCAGCGCUCUCACCCUCUCCUCUUCCUCUUCUUCCUCCUCUUCGCCCUCAUCGUCUUACUCUUCUUCUUCUACGAGUACCAGCAGCACUACCCCAAACUCUGCUGUGUCCGUUGCAGGCAAACACUACCCAGACAUAUCCCUCCAGAGUGGCCCUGGUGCCCAGUAUGAGACCUCUCAUUGGGGCACGUCUUUACCAGUUGACAGCCCCUCCAGUGCCAACAGCUGGGACAAAGUGAUUAUUGACGGAAGUGACACAGAAGCUUGGCCCUCCAUCAGCCGCAGUAGUGACCCCAGCCACCCUGCAGCAACAGAAUGCCCCUUUGGCUCAGUUAGUUCUGACCCAGACACCAGUGCUGUCACUACCACCAGUAGUAGUAGUUUUCUGAGUAUGGCCACAGGUGCCACAGGCCAGCAGGCCCACUAUCCCUCUCUCAAAUCUAACAAUAACAUGAUGACGGGACCUGGGUCAGCCAACACAUUAGCUGGUAACAGAGGCUGGGUCUCAGAUGUGAAACAAGAUGGUAUGAAUGGUGGCCGAGUAGGAGCACCCAGUAACUGGGGCUCUCCCAACUUUAACUUGAACCUCAAUCCUAAUGCCAACCCAUCAGCCUGGCCUGUUCUGGGCCAUGAGGUUGGUGGAGGUGGUGGCAUUGGCCCUAAUGGGGUGUCCAACUCAUCAUCCCUUCCACCAGGUGUUAAUGGAAAUGGAAACAUGGGAAAUGGGACCCUGGGAGGUGCAGAUACGAGUGGAGGAGGUUGGGUUGGCAUGAUGAGUGCUAAUGAAAAUGAUAAGCAGCACCCUUCAACCAACAAAAGCUUGUCCUUCAACAUUGAACCUGCUAACCUUAAUACUGACGGACCAAACCACACUAAGCAACAGCAGCAAGCUCAGGAGCCUAUGAGCCCUAGACAUGGGUUAACUGGCUGGGGAGGCCAGUCACCCACUGAAUCAUCCCAGCUCAAUGGGGACACAACAGGCAGCUCUGUAUGGGGUAGUGGAGAAAAUAAGGCAGCUGACUCCCCCAAGGACUCAGGCUGGGACUCAGCUCCCUCUGGAGGCCUCUCUGCUUGGGGCCGCCAAGGCAGUGGUGGUGGCGGUAGUAGUGGAAGUGGUGGCUGGGGUGACUGGGGAAAAAGCUCUGGUGGUGGAGAGGCAUCUAAAGGCUGGGACUCAGUUGAUGCUGGUAGUUCUGGUUCAGGCCAAGAGCAGCAACUUAAUUCAUGGGGCCAGCAGUCUGGAACAGCCCCAGCAAGUGAGGGUAGUGGGGACAGCAACGAAGGUCAAUCCCACAACAGAGACAGGUCUUCGAGCAUGGAUUAUACCCCUGUGCUACCGCGACAGGACCUUGACCCAAGGGUGCUGAGUAACUCAGGUUGGGGACAGACCCCCAUCCGACAGCACACUGUAUGGGAGAUGGAAGAAGCCAACUCUGAUGUGAAGAGCAAGAGCAGCUCAAACACCUUAGGAAGCUCCAGCUCUAAUUGUGGACCAUCAUCAACAAAUGGAGGUACCAUAAAUCCUAACAUCGGCCCCAGUCAGAGGCCUGGGUCUGGAGGAAAAAGUGAUAGUGAAGGAUCAUCAUCCUCUGGCUGGGGAGCCCCUCCACCUCAGCCAAUCCAGACUGGAUCAGGAUGGGGUGAACCCCCACAGUCACUCAACAAAGCUCCAAAUGGCACUACCAGUGGCUGGGGAGACCCUAUGCCUACCAAUGGUCCUAAAGGUGCAGGCACACCAUCCUGGGGAUCUGAGGAUAAGUCACCCAACUGGGAUGAUGGCCUGACAAAAAGCCAGCCUACUAACUGGGGAGAGGGUCCCAAAAGCUCCCAUGGUUGGGGCAAUGGUAAUGGGGCCUCCAACAGCUCCAGCACAAGGGACUGGGGAGAAGCAGAUGUCAAGAACAAUGGGUCCUCCAGCAGCAUGUGGGAAGGAGAAGGGGGAAAUGGAGGAAGUGGUGGUUGGAAGGAAAGCCCAAGAGGAGGUAAUAGAGGAGGAGGCUGGGGCAAGCCUGCUUCUGCUGUCAGUAACAGUAGCUGGGCGGAGACCCCACGUGCCAAUGGCCCAGUGCAGGGAGGCUGGGGCUCCUCCAAACCCCAGGAAAGCAGCAGCAGUAGCACAGGCAGUGGAGGAGGUGGCAGCAUUGGUUCUUGGGGUGGUCCUGGUUCUGUGAAGCAGAAUUCCUCUAGCUGGAGCAGUGCACACAAACAGGACAAGGGUAUGGAGUCCACUGGCUGGGAAGAGCCCUCCCCUCCCUCCCUCCGCAGGAAGAUGGAGAUUGACGAUGGAACGUCCACCUGGGGGGAUCCGACUGUCUACAAUAAGACUGUCAACAUGUGGGAUCGCAACAAUCCCUCUGGUAACCCAGGCAACAGCGGCCCACCUCCCAGUAAGAAUGGUGGAAUGAUUAUGCCCAACAAUAACAACAACAAUCACUCUGUCGGUCCUGGCAGCAACAAUCACUCUGUCGGCAACAACAAUCACCAUCACACUCACCACAUGCACCACCAUCCCCAUCAUGGCCAUCAUGGCCCCCCAACUCACCUGCAGCACCAUGGAAACAACAAUGGGUCACCCAACAAUGGCGCUUCACAUCCUGGUGCGGGCCCCCAGGGUAGACCCCCCAUCGCCAACUCAGGUUGGGGAGAGCAUUCCACUGUUCAGUCCAAAUCGGAGCCUGCUUGGGGAGAGCCAGCAGCUCCACCAUCAACUGUGGACAAUGGCACUUCUGCCUGGGGCAAGCCCCAAGGGAGUGUAGGAGGAUGGGGAGAUGGUGGCCACGAGUCCUCUGGACCUUAUGGCAGAGCCAAUGGACCCUCAGGUCCUGCACCCUGCAAGCCAGGCCCCAAACCUAUGCAAGAUGGCUGGGGAAAUGGAGGAGAGGAGAUGGGCAUGUCUAACAACCAAUGGGACACUGAGGAUGGGGAUAUGUGGAAUAGCCCCACCUCCCAGGAGAGCAGCUCUUCUUGCAAUUCCUGGGGAAAUGGACCCAAGAAGGGCCCGACCAAGGUGAAGAUGAUUAACAAGCCAGAUGAGGCCUGGAUCAUGAACCGUCUCAUCAAACAGCUCACUGACAUGGGCUUUCCGCGAGACCCUGCUGAGGAGGCUUUGAAGAGCAACAACAUGAACCUUGACCAGGCCAUGAGCGCCCUUUUGGAGAAGAAGACAGACCUGGACAAGCGUUGCAUGGGCAUGUCUGACUACAGCAACGGCCUGAACAAGCCCCUGGUGUGUCGGCCCUCUGCGCUCUCCAAAGACCCCACCGACCGCAACACCUUCCUUGAUAAGGAUGGUGUUCUGUCAGAUGACGCCCCCUCAUCACCGUUUCUGCCUUCCCCCGGCCUGAAGCUCCCCCUGGCCAACAGUAGCCUUCCUGGGCAGGGUCUGGGACAGGGCAACCCGGGGCUGGCCAUGCAAAACUUGAACAACAGACAGAUACCCAGUGGAAUGUUUGGCAGUAGUGGAGCAGCACAAACCCGGGCCAUGCAGCAGCAGCAGCAGCAGCAGCAGCAGCCUCCUCCUCAGCCACCAGUGCCACCUCUCAGCUCCUCCCAGCCUAGUCAACGUGCUCAAGUGCCUCAGUUUCUCUCCCCUCAGGUCCAAGCACAGCUCUUGCAGUUUGCAGCAAAAAACAUUGGUCUGAACCCUGCACUUUUAACCUCACCAAUAAACCCUCAACAAAUGACCCUGUUGUACCAACUUCAGCAACUGCAAAUGGCGUACCAGCGUUUACAAAUCCAGCAGCAGAUGAUGCAGGCGCAACGCAAUGUUUCCGGCCCCAUUAGACAACAAGAGCAGCAAGUUGCACGUAUAAUGACCAACAUGCAGCAGCAGAUCCAGCAGCACCAGCGUCAGCUGUACCAGGCGCUGCUGAUGAAGCAGCAGCAACUUCCCUCUCAUUCCUCCUCUUCCUCCUCCUCCGCUGGUCUGCCUCCCACUGGUGGCCCAGCCGGAGGCCAUGGCUCCGGCAAAUCAACCCUUGACCCCUUCACAGGCCCACACCAGGCUCCGGGCCUUGCCGACACACUGCACACCAAAGAGCCGCCGUCUUCGCCCAACACCUACAGCACCUACCCUCUCUCUGGACUGAAUCCAAACAUGAAUGUAAACUGCAUGGAGGUUGGGGGUCUGUCCCUGAAAGAGCCCCAUCAGCCCCAGUCCCGCCUGUCCCAGUGGACACACUCCAACUCCAUGGACAGCCUCUCUGGCAACUCCUCAAACAUGGAGAACAACCUCAAUAAGCACGGUGCCAUAUCUGCUGCCUCUAGCCUGGGUCCCCCUGGGAAGCCGCCCCAGUUGGAGGACUCAUACAGCCCAUACAAUCUAAUGUCCAGCUCUGAGUCCCCCACCAGCCCCCUGGUGCCCCCAGACAGCUGGGGCCAGGGCAAGAGCCCCAAUGAGAAGAUCUCCAAUGGGACCAACAUUAACUGGCCCCCAGAAUUCUGCCCAGGUGUGCCAUGGAAGGGCCUUCAAAACAUCGACCCUGAGAAUGACCCCAACAUGACCCCUGGCAGCGUCCCCAGUGGUCCCACCAUCAACACCAACAUCCAUGACGUCAACCGAUACCUGCUGAGGGACAGGAAUGGAGGUAAAAUGUCUGACAUGAAGUCCACCUGGUCCCCAGGGCCCAUCUCCCAGAGCCAAGCCUCUCUUUCCCACGAGCUAUGGAAAGUCCCACAUGGGCCUCGCAGCACCAUAGCCCCAUCCCGACCUCCGCCAGGCCUCACCCACACCAAACCCUCUUCCACCUGGGGUGGCAACUCGCUGGGCUUGGCCCAAGGCUGGAGUGCCUCCUACGCCUCUGAAGGAACCACCUGGAGUACUGACAACUCCAACAGGACCAGCAGCUGGCUGGUUCUGAGGAAUCUCACGCCACAGAUUGAUGGUUCGACUCUGCGGACCCUGUGCAUGCAGCACGGCCCCCUGAUCACAUUCCACCUCAACCUGACCCAGGGUAAUGCUGUGGUGCGCUACAGCUCCAAGGAUGAGUCCGCCAAGGCCCAGAAGUCCCUGCACAUGUGUGUGCUUGGAAACACCACCAUCCUGGCGGAGUUUGCCGGUGAAGAGGAGGUGAACCGCUUCUUUGCACAAGGCCAGUCACUAGGGGCAAACACCACUAGUUGGCAGGCCAACCCGGGAACCAAUCAAAACCGGAUGGGCGGGACAGCGCAGUCCCACUCAAUUGGCCAGUGGAGCAGCGGUGGAGGAAAGGCCAGUGGAGGCGACCUGCUGUGGGGAGGGAUGCCACAAUACUCCAGUCUGUGGGGUCCACCGAGCGGAGAAGAUGCCCGCGUGAUCGGGAGCCCCACCUCCAUUAACACCCUGCUGCCUGGAGAUCUGCUGAGUGGGGAGUCCAUGUAGGAUGAUGCCACAAUACACUAACCAACCAACCUACCACCAUCAUGUCAUGUAAGCCAUUGGUGGAGGGUGGGAUGGAGAAAAAAAAUAAAUAAAUAAAAAAAUUCAUUAUGAACAGGAGCAAAACCCAAGCAAAUCAUGUGGCGAUAAUCAGUAUCAAUUUGAACUGUUUUGAACUGUGAAUUGUGAAUCAGAAGGCCGGGGUCCCCACCACACAGACUGCAGACUCCAGUCCUUCUGUUUUACCUUUUUUUGUUAGGUUUACCUUUUUUGGAGAAAAAAAAAGCAAGUUUUUAUUCCUUUUGGUAUUUUUGAAAUGCAUCAUAUAAAACAAACUAAAAUGAGACACAACACAAAGAAACCUUUCAAGUGUUUUUAGUUUUUCCAUAAGUAUACAUGACAUUUUGUGUGAAGUGUUUUUAAGAGAAGCAAUCAAAGCUGCCAUCUGAGACUUUUCCUCCAAGAAAAAAAAAAAUCAUCCCAAAAUAAGACUUAAAACGACCAUUCCCAGCAUGUCCAUGGCCAAUGAUGUGGUUCAAAGACCUUUACUAGUUAUUUUAAUGUUUGUUUCUCAGCACUAAUAUUAGCCUUAAGUGCUCUCUGGCCCAGGUCCUUCCCAAGCCGCCUUUUUUAGUUUGUUUUGUAACUGAAGAAAUAGCUGAAAUCUUGCACAGUUAAACCUCUGAGCCAGCAAGUGGUACAGGAUACGACUGGUGACCAACUCUGUCACUGGGCAGUAAAAAGGCCUGGCCAUGUGACUGGCCCUACCAAUCAUCAGCUUAAUUAUUUUAAUAUGUCUUCUCAAAGGGAUUGACACAGCUGUUAAAUGUUCUUUUUUUUUGUAGGUCUAGAUCCAAGCGCAUUUUUUGAUAUCUAUCACAACAUAAGCUGAGAGAAGAUUACUUGUCAACCUGGGUGCGUGUCUCUGUUUCGUACACCAGUAUGUGUGUGCGGUGGCACCUAAUCAUUGACGUCUGCAAGGCCAGAUCACACUGGUCACUUUCAACUUGGAACCCAGUCGUUAACUGGUGCUUUGUUGAAUUUUCUAUUGUCCGAUUUGUUACGAAGCCCAGCGGUCUGUAUGGUCAGCCAGUUUUCGGAGGAAAAAAGAAAAAGAACACAAUUUCACCUUCAUGUGACAGUUACAUUGUGCAAUAUACAACAUAGAUCUUUCUUCCGUCCAUACUCGAUGUCCACCAGAGCUGGAUUGUCUUUUGUUUUUGUUUCUCUGUUUUUUGAUUGUUGCUGAUCGCAGCAAAAGACUUUGAGGUUUGAAAAAACCUUAACCCCCUUUUCAAAACUUGGAUUCCCUCCAGGCCACCAAUCUCCUUGAAACUGUUGGGAAAACUGCAAAGAGGAAGAAGCGGCUUGUUGAACUGUGCAUGCAGCAAUCUGUACUAAAGAGUGACACUGGGUACACAACAAUGCACACUUCCUCUCUGCGUGCCACAGCCACACCCAACAGAGACUGAAUCCACAGUGGGAUUGGAUGGUUUUGGGUAUCUGGCACAAUACCAAAUAAGAGGGGUUUUUCCUAAUGCAGUAGACCUACGAGUGUUCCUUGCGCUUGGUACUGUACAAACAGAAGAGACUAAGACUUAUAAAAAUUCAAAGGGUUUUAUCAUAGCACUUAUGAAGAGCAAAUUGCUUCAACUGCAAUCCAAUAAAUCAAAAAAGGAGCAGCAAAAACAUUGAAAAAAAAAAAAAAGUUCUGCUCUUUUAUGUACUGUAUCUAUUCCUUGGAAAUGUGUCUGGCGUUGUUCCUCUGGUAGCAGGAUGAAGGGAAACAAAACUGAAAUGUACCGUGGGCCUUUCGGGGAAACUGCAGUCCAUGAUUUUUUUUUCCUUCUUUGAAAAAUAUCAAAGUGAAUAUCACUGUUACUCCAAAUGUUUAGCCUUGUUCUGUUUGGAGGCACUAGACUUGCAAUGUCAGCUGUCUCUGACACCCGCUGGCCAGCCAGCCAGCCAGAAAGCCAGCCAGCCAGCCAGCCAGUCGGUCGGUGGGUGAGUCGGAGUGGAGAGGGGUGGGGGAGUGUCCACUGAGUGCCUCUCUGCUGUGGUCCUCUGGGUGUCAGGUGGCAGCCCCACAGCGCAGCACUUCCUCCUGGGCUCCACUUGACCCUCCCUCAGUCUGGCAAGAAAGCGGCUCCUCCCAAGACUGGCCAAUCACGGUUCUCCGCCACAGACGGCAUCUCCAACAGGGGGGGGGGGCCCGCCACCACUCGACCCUGCCGUCGUCCUGCCCUCUCCCCCAUCUCUCAGUUCUUUGACACAAAGAUCACUUUAGCUGGAAGAUGUAAUAGUCAUAUUUCUGGAAUUUUUGCCAGUUGUACUUUUUUUUUUUUUUUUUUGAAAGAUCAUUUGACUUGAUUGUUUUUCAAUGUGUUAUAUUGUUAUUUUUGUCUACAUGCAGUGGUCUACAAAUUACUGGCUGCUGAACUAGCCCUUCACUGUUCAUAUGCAGAAACACUUUGGUCAGAGGUGCCUCUGUAUGUUCAUCCUGUGUAUUGAAUGCAAAACAAGGAUCAAUACUACAGACCGUUAUUGAUUGUCUAUUUGUUUUUAACUGAUCAUGCUUUUGUGUUUGACAGUAUUCUGUAGUACUUCCAGGUAGUAUCUUGAGAUGUGUAAAAAUAAGGUGUCUCAGACGGGGGGUGUGAGUGUUUGUCGCUCCAAGCUGCUCCGCCUGCCCGCAGGCUGUCCCCCCUUGCCCUUUGCCUAGCUGCUAUGCUAUAACCUCCUCCUCUCCUCCACCUCAACCAGACCCAGUAGCCCUCCCCUGACCAGGCACCAACAGGCCCUUGUAUCUGUUUCUAUGCAAAAGACUAGAGGCUGGGGCCCUUUACAGCACGCCAAACCUGACUUGGGAAUGAGCACUCCUCCCAGAGCUUGGCAAACCCUAACACUUGUCUCCUGUUCACUCCUGUUGGCACUUCAGAAUGGCCACCAUUUCUAUAAAGUCAGGCGAAGCCACCAGAACACUGUCACAUACUCGAGUCCAAAAACUUUAUUAAAGGUUGGCCUUUCUCUCUGCGCUGAUGACACUUUUGUCCAGCUUGAACUCAGGGUAGGGGAGUUGAUGAUACCAAGUAUGAGAUGCACCUCUCCGUAUCUGUCCUUUCUACUGUGAGAGCGUAGUCUUAAAUUUUCAAGGCCAUCUGCGCAACAAUAUGUACAGACCUCAUGCCUCGAAACUUAAUCCUAAUUGGAAGGGAAAAGUUGGUAUUAAGUCCUUUUCUCCAAAGGUGGCCUAUCGUUACUGUUUGGGGGCCCAUUAUUGCAUUUAAGAGAUGCCAAUGUAAUGUGCCAAUAUAAAUUUGCUGUGUCAUACUGUAUCUUUAUAGAGAGCACUUCUGUUCCCUGUCUGGAGGAGCUUUGAUAACCUUUGCGGAGGGUGCAGCGGGGGACAGGAGGGAUCAAACAAAUGGGCGGCAGCAUCACACCCUUAAAUGACUGAGAUUCUUUUUCUUUCUUUUUUUUUAAUGCUCUUUGUGGGGAAUGCCCCACAAUAAGGAGAAAAUCUUUACUCAGUUGGGGGUUCCAGUUUGCUACAGUGCACAGUUGAUGAUGGGUAAUCCCGGGUACAUAUUUUUUUAAAACCAAAAAUGAAAUCGCAUUUUAACGUCAUUUUUAUGAAGUUUGACAUAAAAAUCUUAAAAAUGCUAAAAAAUCUAAAUGAAAAAAAAAAAAAGAUCUAUAAUAUGUUAAAGCUCUGCACUUCUAGCUGAAACGUCUCCGGUCAUCAGCCUCUACUACCACCAUCUAAAGGAGUAGACUGGUGUCUGGGGUGCCUUUUUGUGGAUGCUGUAUUUAUCUUGUUUUUAUGUUUGUGUCCUGCUCAAAGCGGGCCCACUGAACUGUACAUUUCCACAGACCCAGAUGGCUUGGGCCCACUGUAUCAGCCUCACUCUCCUCACUCUGCAUCAGCAGGAGGGGAGGGGCACAUUUCAAGAGGUACAAAGUCUUAAAAACAAACAAAAAAAAAAGUUUAAAAAAUGUAAAAAAUAAAAUAAAAAUAAACAAGAAAACGGGAAAAGGCUACCUUUCAGGACUUGCAGUCCUGCAGCACACAAGCAAAAAUCACUAUUGCCUGUUUCUGUAACUGCCUUGAUCCAAGCUCAGACAGACCCAAUAGCCGAGGACCUCCCAGCAUCCUGUACUAACUGGAGAACCCUGACAGUGAAGGGGGUUUCCCAUGCUGCACCAGCAUCGAGAGGCUCUCCUCUCUACAGCUCUGUUCUAGAUAACAGUAUAUAUGUAUUCACUACAUAUAGAUAUAUACUGUAAGGAACGGUGUGUGGUUUCACCUCUUCAGACAUCUUGGAUCGUAACCUCUGAAACUUUUCAUUUGUGUUUGAAAGGUCUUGGUUUCAUACACCUGAAAAUGAGCAAUAUGUAUUUUCCCCGCAAAUAAGUGAUAGGAAGGAAAGAAUUUGGGUCGGAUGUAAACUGAUACUUGAUUGAUCGAAGGCUAUGUCUUUCUUUUACGGAGUUGGAUAUGCACGUUCUGGUUUCGACGACAUAUUACAGUACUUUGAAGUGCUUGUACUGUACAUAUGUGUAUUUGUUUGUUAAUUAGCCUGUCUAAAAGCCCAACCUGAAUCACCUGGUUUGAUGCAUAUUUACCCAGUUGAUAAAAAAAUAAUCACAAACAUAUCAAAACAAAACAAAAUAUUGAACAUAAAUACUUGAAUCAUGGAGCGCCAAUAACGAAAUGUGAAGUCAGUAAUUUUUUUGUUCUCUCUAUCUGACAGGUACACUUAGGGGCUUUUAGAGAAUAUCAAAAAUGUAUUGCAUUAAGUUACAAAUACAAAAUCUUUGGAAAAAAAUGCAAAAGUCAUCUUAGAUGUUUGCUUGAAAGUCAGAUGUAUGU